UUUCUUGCUCUUUCUCUAGCUCCACACCGCUAGCAGUCUGAAACAUCAGACACGCAGGAAGCCUGCCAGUCUGUCACUGGAAAUGAUCCCCAACCAGCUGAGGGUCAGCUCUCCGGUGUCGAGGCAGGAAGGAGAGAUGAUGGAUGGCAGGACUGGCUCUGAGCAGGACAGAGACCGUGCUGCUUCAGGACACGGCCAGCGGCUGAAGUCAGAGCCCUGUUUCCAGACCGACUCUCUCUUGCCUUCCCCCAGUGCAACCCUGAUCUCACAGCUCCUCAGCCACCCAGCGGCUGGCAGGAGCCUGGAUCCCACCAUCCUUUUCCCUUCCUCUCAGGCAGUGGCCCUGCCGCAGGACCACGAGUGUGGUGCAUCUGCUGGAGAAGGAGCACAAGCCCUGGCAUUCCCCAGGACCCUGGCUCCCGUGCCCUGUGCUGGUGACAGGGACCAGCUCUCCGACCAGCACCUACGGGACCAGCUCUCUGACCAGCACCUCCGAGCCAAGCGGGCCAGGGUGGAGAGCAUCAUCCAAGGCAUGAGCCUCCCACCAACCCCUCAGGCAUUUGACACCAGCCUGGAGGCAGCUUUUGGGCAUCAGAGGGAGAGGGGUGGCGAGGUGCCCCGGGAGAGCAAGAGGAAGCCGAGGGUGCCCCAGCAGGGUGCAGGGGUGGCUGGGCGAGUGGUCCCUGCGGGAGGCAGCCUCCAUGCCGAGGACUGCCAGCAGCUGAAGGAGCAGCUUUGCUAUUUAGAGCAGCAGCUGAAGCAGCUUCAGGAGAAGUUCUCCCAGGUCUGUGAUUCUGGGGACAAUGCCCAAUCCCAGGAAGGUGCUGAGAAAGUGCAUCCACUGCCUGGAAAGCCUGGAGACAGACAGGACAAGGACAGUGCCACUGCCACCAGUGACUCACAUGAAGUGCCUCUCUGGAGGAGCGUCCUCGACAUGCAUGGGCCAGAGGAGGACAAGGACAGAGGUGACACAGGUGGCCUGCCCUUGGCAGUGAGGGUCCUCUCGCAGGCGCUGAAGCACGAGCUGGCUGGGGUGAUGUCCCAGGUGGUGGACUCUGUCCUGAAGACCAUCUGGCCGAAGACAGCCAGUCACCUUCUGCAGCAGCAUCGCAGCCUCCCGGUGCCAGAGCCAGAUGCCAAGAGAGAGUCUUUUCCUGGUGGGAAAUGCAGAAAGCCACUUGCUAAGCCAUCUCCUGUGAACACACCAGGCUUGCUGAGCUCACCCCGGGCUGAGGCCCUAUCAGGAGCUUCAGGGAAGAGCCCAGGCUCUCAUGCUGGCUCUCUCAGUUCAAAGGGGGCCAGAAAACCCUCUCAGAUACCCAGCAUGGGUUAUUCACUGGGCUCAGCUGCCCCUGUCCAGGACAGCCAGCUGCUGAGCCAGCUGCUGGGCUAUGGCCAGCGCAGCCUCUGGGGCAGCAGCUCUUAUGGGAGCCCCUCUGCUCCAGAGAGGGGUCCUCUGGAGCCCCUCGACUUGCACUGGGGAACCGUCAAACUGAGGUCGUCGGUUGUGAGACAGCAGCAGCAGCAUCCCUUGCCCUUGAGCCCUGCUGACAUGGAGAGCCUGGCGCUGCUGCCGGCUGGCAGCGAUGGCCGCGGGGAGCUGCAGGUUGUGAUGGAUGGGGCACCCUUCACCUCCACCCAUAUGCAGGAGGCACUGACACCCGGACACCUGAAGAAGGCCAAGCUGAUGUUUUUCUUCACCCGCUACCCCAGCUCCACUCUCCUGAAGACCUACUUCCUCGAUGUGCAGUUCAGCCGCUGCAUCACCUCCCAGCUCAUCAAGUGGUUCAGCAACUUCCGUGAGUUUUACUACAUCCAGGUGGAGAAGUUUGCCCGGCAGGCCCUGCUGGAGGGCGUCAUGGAUGCUGGCACCCUCCGGGUCUCCCGGGACUCAGAGCUUUUCCGCGCCCUCAACAUGCACUAUAACAAGGGGAAUGACUUUGAGGUGCCCGGGCGGUUCCUGGAGGUGGCCAGCCUCACACUGCAGGAGUUCUUCAGCGCUGUCAGGGCGGGCAAGGAUGCCGACCCCUCCUGGAAGAAACCUAUUUACAAAAUCAUUUCCAAACUGGACAGUGACAUCCCAGAAGGGUUCAAAGCUGCUGACUGCUCCCAGGAACUGCUCCGCAGCUGAGACUCUGUGAAAGCAGCCCUGAGUCCUGUGUGCAGCCACCAUGUGCUACGCACCCCAUGGGCACUCUGUACAGCAUCCAUUAUCCUGAGUAUUUUCUCUCUGGCCUAUAAGACAGCUCCUUGGGUGAGGUCUAUCACAUCCCUCAGGUGCUGGGACUUUAUGGUGUGUGUGUUUUAUUCCUCUGCUCAAAGAUGGUGGGGUCUUGGUGGGGACCCUUGCGGGGGAGGGACAGAGAUGAAGCCAUCAGGUUGGAGCCUGGGAAAUCGCCUUGCCCCAGCUCUCCCCAUGACCCUGGGUGAGCCACCUUCCUUCUCCAAAGGGCCACAGCUCAGGGCAAACAGGCUUUCUGUUUAUAAAGCAGGCAGAGGUCCUAGCAGUGGGCAAAGUUUUCUUGGCGCAGCAAACUAGUGGAUGUGCCCAGUCCAACAGCACGCCUCGGUUUCUGUCCAGAUACAACAAGCCCGUGUCCAAAGAAAACAGCUGGUGAAUUCCAGCGU